AUGUUGCAGACCAUCCCAACUGGAUACUUUAGGGAGGAAGAUGACUUCAACACACGCAGAAAGUGCAUCGACAAUGCUCCCUUGAACACUUCCCAGUUCUGUACCACACACGGUGGUUACUGCCCCCUGCUCAGGGAGGUAGACGUGGACAUGUCAGGUCUCCCAUGCGAAGACAACUCCCGAGCGAAUUUCAAAAGGAAGUUCCUCCAAGGGGGGAAAUUUGGAAGUUGCUACUUGGUUUGGGCCAAGCAACACCGUCAUAUGAGGACUCCUUUGCUGAUCUUGGAAAACACCCCUGACAUCAAGGCAAACGAGAUCUUGGAACUUCUGGGUGGGGAAUAUCGGAUGCUGCAGCUUUUCGUGGAACCGUGGCAUGCGGGUGACCGUGUAGAGUACAGUUUGACAUGGUCAGCUCACAGUGGUCGGAUACCGACAUUCCGGAAGACCUCUGCCAAGUUUGUUCACCGACAAUCUAUGAAACUACUGACAGGGCAGGACAAGCUUGGGGCUUUAGCGUGGCCAGUAACCAAAUCGGUUGCCAGCAAUUUGGGGACCACGGUCAUGCCAAGCAUUGACCCGCAGAG